AUGCAAGGCAAAUGCACGCUCAAGCAAUGUCCGUGUGGAGACGACAACGACGUUGCAGUGGCAGCCUGCACGUCCUGCAAGAAGCCGGUACACCAUAUGUGCUUCACCAUCACCUAUGAAGGUGACUUGAACGUUUGCGUAUGCUCCGAUGCGUGCUCCACUGCUCUUGGAUUGAAGCAACAGGUACUCAGAUAA